AUGUUGCUAUAUAACUUAAUUGUAUGCACUUACAUUUAUGACAAGCAUGGCAGCUGCUGGGGAAAGCUCACGCAGGUAGCCGGUGGCCCCGGAGCGAACCGUCAGGAUUGUCCGUGAGCUCAGCUAGCUCUGACUUUGUGACAGUGUCGAGUUGAGUGGGUUUGUCAGUAACGUUACAGCAGUCGGGGUUUUGUUAGGAAAGCGGGGCUUUUCCUCUUGCACGACACGAAAGAUACAUUUAUAACAAAGCAUGACAUCGCCGUUUCAUCUAGCUUCAUGUGGGUUUCAUAACUGUCACACGUUCCCCUUUAAAGUGCAGUAUCGAAAUAAAGUGUAAGGUUUAUGCUAAAUAUUUGACGUUGAUGCUAGCUAUAAGCUAACUAGCCCAAAUCUGGGAGGUUUUGGGGUUAAAACAAAGUGAAAGUCUUCUAUCGGUUGUUAUCUAAUGCAUGUCAGCAGAUACUAGACUUUAGAUGGUGUAGCUUGUGCAAGGUAAUACGAUUGUUCAUGAGGUCGAGUCACCUUAACUGCACUAAAAUAUCUAAUGGCAGCUCCUUGAGCUAAUGUAGCCAAGUUAGCUUGUCAUGUGUGUGCAGGUUAAUACCUAUGGAGCCCUGCUAGCUAGCUAAGUAGCCUAAGUUGGCCAGGCCUGCACAGUGUUACUGCUGUUCGGUGCACAGUGUUACCUUUUAGUCUCAACUUUCUUUGCUCCACACACACUACAACCUUAACUGCCAGUCUUGUAGCUGAAAAAAAAAAAUGCUCGCAGCAAGAUGUUGUAGCUCUCUAAAACCAGAAAGUAGCUGCUGCACUGAUGUAUGAUGAUGGUUUCGCACUUUGCAACGUCAAUUGCUAUAAAUCGUUUGCCAAAAUAAACAAAGAGCCAUGUUGAUUGUUUCAAUGUUAUCUUUCCUUACUUGGAAUAGAGAUAACCCAGUAGUGAACGUCAGUAGGCUGCUGUCAGGCUUGACAGUGUCUCUGUCCAGUGAUGAGAAUACAGAAACUUGGUAUGGGAGAGCUUGGGGCUGAGCACUCUGCCACUUCUCUAUGAUUCCUCAGAUGAUUUAUAACAGACCAAACACACUAGGUACUGCUCUGUGACCUGAUUAUGGGCUUUAGGGCCAAAUACCUACAGAGACAUCGAGCACCCCCGCAGUGCACCACACAGUGAGCUGGUUAAGGUCUUAUGAGUUUGGACAGAGUGAGGAAUGUGAACCCUUACACAGUCCUCUACAAGCUGCGAAAGGGAAAGCUCAUUAAAGUCUAGACUUGGAAGGGAGCAUGGAUUUGAGGAGCGCUGCUGCAUAAUAAGAGGUAAUGCACUGUAAAUGGCUCUUCAAGCAAUACACACAAGUCCUUACAGAAGUUCCAUCUCUGGCAUUCAGCUCGUCUUUACCUGCUCUGCAGUUUGAAGACACUGGCACCCCGCAGAGCAGCAGUGUUCAGCGAAACUGAAUCUGGCAGCUGCCUACACCUCACAUAAUAACCAGAGAGGAAUUUAGCUUCAAAUGUUUGACAACAAAGACACUGAGCCUUUGAUUUUUCAGUCUGAUGUUUAAGCACAUGGAACAAAACUUGGAACAGAUUGUAUGUCUUUCCAACUGCAUUUCCUACCUUGGACAGCAUGGAUGCUCUUUUUGAAUCAGGUUGACUAUCUGUCACCUCAUCCCCUCCUUCCUGUCUCUUUAGUAGGAGGAGGGUGGGGGAUUGGUGUGGCGUCCCCUGCCCCUCCUUGUAGGCCUGCUUGAGAUUUGAGUUGUCUACUUAGGCACCAUAGCAGUUACUUUUUUCCAUUGCCAACCACCUACGUCAUCUCUCCAUCCCCUCUCCCUCUUCAUGAAACCCUGCAAGAGCCUCAAGGAAGAGGUUUCCAUUCCUAGCCUUGGCGGGAUGUCACAGGAGGAAGGACGCAGGGCGCCGGUGUCCCAGUCCUAUUUUCACUCGCCUAACCCAGAUCUGGACCUGACAGGAAAGCUUUACAAGAGGGAGGUUGGUGGUAAGCCUUAUUCUGUGUUAGUAGACAAUAAAAUGGCAGCAAAGACAUCCAUGGGAGAUCAGAACAUUGGUCAGUUGCCUUCUCAACAUGUGACUCCACAGCAACAUAAGCAGUAUUUCAGAGAGGGAGGAGCAGGGCAGGAGAUGGGGACACAGGGGUCCCAAGCUGGCAUCGACGGGACCUCUGACGACACUGAGGACGAUGACGAUGAGGAAGAAGAGGAUGAGGAUGGGGAGGACGAAGGCUUCAAGCGUGAGCAGAUCAUUGUCGAGGUUAACCUGAAUAACCAGACACUUCAUGUAUCCAAGGGGGACAACAAAACUGGAACCACAGCAGAAGACUCUGAGAGAGCUGGAAGUGAGGAGGAUGAUGAGGAGGAGGAGGAGGAAGAAGAAGAAGAAGAAGAGGAGGAGGAGGAGGAGGAGGACAGCCCCAUUGAUGAAGAGGAGGAAGACGACGAGGAAGAUGACAAUGAGAGUCGAAGAACGAGGUCAAAGAGGGCCCGUCGGGGUGCUAGCAGCACAGCAGCUCCCAGCCAGCCACGGAGGAAAAGCCUCAGAACAGCUCUGAGCUCUUCCACUCCUGGAAUGACCACCAGGGGCCGGCGGAAGCGCAUGGAGCCUCCGAAGAGCAAGCGCAGGUCGGCCAGAUCAGCCCCAUCGUCUGCCGGUACCACGAUGACAGGAGGGAAAGCGGAGGCGGAAGAGAAGGAGAUGCUGGCAUGUGAAAAGUGCCCCCGAGUGUUUAACACGCGCUGGUACCUGGAGAAACACAUGAAUGUCACUCACAGGCGAAUGCAGAUUUGCGACAAAUGUGGCAAAAAGUUUGUCCUGGAGAGUGAGCUGGCCUUGCACCAGCAGACGGACUGUGAGAAGAACAUCCAGUGUGUCUCCUGCAACAAGUCUUUUAAGAAGCUGUGGUCACUGCAUGAGCACAUUAAGAUUGUGCACGGCUAUGCAGAAAAGAAGUUCUCAUGUGAAAUCUGUGAGAAGAAGUUCUACACUAUGGCUCACGUCCGUAAGCACAUGGUUGCUCACACCAAGGACAUGCCAUUUACCUGUGAGACAUGUGGAAAGUCGUUCAAACGGAGCAUGUCUUUAAAAGUUCACUCACUCCAGCAUUCUGGAGAGAAGCCCUUCCGGUGUGAGAACUGUGACGAGCGGUUCCAAUACAAGUACCAGCUGCGCUCCCAUAUGAGCAUUCACAUCGGACACAAGCAGUUCAUGUGCCAGUGGUGUGGCAAAGACUUCAACAUGAAACAGUAUUUUGAUGAGCACAUGAAAACACACACAGGAGAGAAGCCUUUCAUUUGUGAGAUUUGUGGGAAGAGCUUCACCAGCCGGCCCAACAUGAAGCGUCACCGGCGCACCCACACCGGGGAGAAGCCCUAUCCCUGCGAGGUGUGCGGCCAGCGCUUUCGCUUCUCCAACAUGCUCAAAGCACACAAAGAGAAGUGUUUCCGGGUCACCAGUCCUGUGGUUCUGCAGACCAGCAGUCCACCUGUGCCUGUCCGCAUCUUCACCAACACCUUCUCUUCCUCUUCCACCGCUGGUCCCGGUCCCUCAGCUGCCUCCCCGGCCACCACCUCAGCACCCCUGGGCCUCAGCCCGGCAGGAGGGCCCAUGCCUCAACGAGGCCCUGUGGGACACACAUUCUCCCACGUACAGCUCCACUCAACCGCCUCUCACCAUCAUCCCCACUCCCAGACAACUCAGCAGCAUCUCUCAAACACACCCCAACAUGCCCCACCUCACCCCCACCACCACCUGGCCGUGCCCCCGGUCUCCCACCUUCCCCCACCCCCGGCCCUUUUCAAGAGUGAGCCCUUAAACCACUGUGGGCAUGAAGACAGCAGCUACCUGCACCACAUGGCUCCCCCUGACAAGGGCCCCGGAGCCCCACAGCACCACUGAACUGUGUUACAGCUCUGCAGGCUCACACCAAACCGCGCCUUGUUCCUCCUCCUUCUCAUGUCCUGCCUCAGUCUCUCAGUUGCUAGGCCCCUGAUGCAAGGGUGCUCCCCUCAAACAGAUUUAAUUAAAUCAAGCUCGUCUUGUCUUUCUCACGAGCUUGUAUCAGCCUGAAUAACACACCUGUGUAUGUUAUUCAGGCUGAUACACCUUCAGUGUGUACAUUAUUUAAGUAAGACACCUACUUAAACACCCUGGUCAACUGAAUUUACAACCUCUAGAAGUUCUCUAUCUGUACAUUAAUGGGUGUAAAGUAUCUCCUUUUCAUCAAAAGCUGCUGGUGGAAGUCACCGUAUGUAUUACCUAGGCAUAGAUCAUCAAAGAUCAGUGUCAUUGAACUGUCCUCUUUAUGUCAUGUUGACUUGUGGUUGCACAUUGGUCACGACUUUUGCUUUCUGUGCAGGUUCUCCCCAUAGCAAUACUCAACCUAGUUGUUCUGCAGAGCCUCUGCCCCCACAGAAAUGUUUUUGAGAAUGUUGUAUCUGGUUCUGUCUGAGCUGUUCUCUGUCCAGAGGCCAUGGCUGAGACUUUCUGUCAGCGAGGCAACAGCAGUAGUCUGAGGUUACAGUAAGAAGGCGGGGAGGAAUUUUGUAAAAGGACAUUUGGGAAAAAAAAAGGUUUUGUAAAUGGUUAGUUGAAUCUAGACAUAGUCUAGAUAUCAUGGUUAUAUGGUGCUUUCCAUUCCAUUACAUAAAAUAUUUCUUAAUUUUGAUUUCACAUUUGAUUUUCAGAAGUGUAAUAUUACAAAAUUACAGUGAAUUGUGUCAUACAGAACAUGUCUUGCCAGCCUGGUUUUUCUACAAUGGAUCUUAGGUUUGACUUGAUAUUUUGUGACGAAGAAACUCAAGUUAUGCAGGACGUAGGCACACACACCCUGACACUUACUCAAGCACACACACAAAAAGACAAAGACCAUAUGGUCACUGAUUUACUUACUUUGAUCAGUGCAACCUCAGCUUUCAAUACUGUUGGUCAACAGAUGUUUUUAGAUAACAGAUGACUGUCAAAUACUGCCACUGUGAGGGGCCAGUCACAUGGCCCCAUCAGGAUUUACCCCACCUCCCUUCGCUGCUGUCGAAAUUAUACGGGUUACCAUGUUAAAGGUCAUUUGACACACACAGUAUACACACCUGGGACCUUUUUCAUCACAGUUCUUAACAGGCAAUUAUGCAUAUUCCUCUCAGCCUAUAUUCCACGGUUUGGUGUGGGGUGUUGUAAUGUAAAGGUUUUGUUUUUUGACUUUCAUCGUACUGGCAUACUUUGAUCCACACUGGCAAACGUGUGUCUAAAUCUGUUGAAUGUUGCCUACGCAGAAUGAUGGCUGUUGAGUCAUUCAUAUGUUGUUGUUGUUGUUGUUGUUGUUUUUUUAUUUUAUUUUAUGUUCUCAUAAUUUGCUCAGUUUUAAGCUAACGAAUGGUUCUGCAGUGUAGAUAUACUGUUAGCACAUGAUAGGAAAUGUCAGGAUAAAAGGCAGUGGUUAUACAACUCAUAAUACUUGGAAUUCUUGUAUAGAUAAGCAUACAUGUGAUCAAGUCAGCACAGGAAAUUACAUUUAUUAAUGUAAUAGCCGAUGGUGUGAAUGUUAUUUGUUUAAAAGAAGCAUAAAUGGGUGGCAAGUAUUUGGCAUGAAAGUGGAUGUUAGCCCAUCACCUAGUCUGGCGACUAUCAGAUGUGUGUUUAGGAGCAAUGUUUAGUUUUGUGUGAGUGUGAGAGAGAGAGAGAGAGAGAGAGCGUGUAUGUGUGCAUGCAUAAGUCUACCAGUCUGUCUGUCUGGUUGUCCCCAGUGCUCUUGUACCAAAAGCUGCUUUUACACAGUGUGCCCCAAUAUAUGUGUAUUUGGGGAUACCUGAGAUGAACAAUAGCAGUAAAUUUUAACAUGAUCCUAUUUCUGGCGCUCUAAUGGAAUUAAGUCUGAAGUGGUUAAGCUCAGAAGUUAAGGAUGCCCCUUUUUUUGAUUUGAGACCUGCAAUUAUCCUGCCAUUUCUGUGGGUCUUAACAAAGCUGCAUUAUUUGCCUAUCAUCCUGCCCCCUCGGGUUCACUGCUGUGCUUCAGCAUUUUGCAGUACAGAUCUUUGUCCUUUUUCCUAUGAGAUUUUAUUUUAAUGUUUUGUUUUUUUUUUAAAGCCUUUUCAUUUGUGUGUAUUCUCUGCACUUUACUGCUGCGUGGGUGAGGCGCAGGGAAGGGAGGGACUGACAAUGCAUUGUGGAAGAGAGUGCAGUUUUGGCUGCAUGGGAAAGGGUGGAGGUGAUUACUUUGAGUGGAUGUUUUUAGGCAAGGAAAGGAGGAGAAUCCUGGGUGGAGGCGGGUAGUGUGGAAGGGACCAUAGCAAACAAAGGACAUUUCUUUUAGUAUGUGCAUAAAGUUAAUUUGCUUAUAUAUUUUUUUUUUUCAAAGAAAUACACUUUUACUCCAAUAUGGACCUCCCCUCAAAGUGAAAGUGAUGUUCCUCCUGCUUUGGUGACUUUACACUGGCUCCUCCACGCUGUCUGAAAUACCUUCUUCUGUUAUCUUUGUUCAUGGAGCUUUUCCUCUGUCAUUUCGUUUCAUUUUGUCUUUCAGUUUGCCGAAUGAUUCUCCUCCUCCUUUCUUUGUUAUAUAGAAUGCACUUUCUACUAAAAAUCUUGGCUUGUUAAGAAAAAAUAACAUUGUAUGUUCUUCAAAGAUGUUUUAAAAAAUCAAUAUACUUUUUCCCCUUUGUAUUUUUAACCACUUAAUGUAGCAUUGCGUAUUUUAUUAUGGUAUCUGGUACAAAUUGUGCAGCUUUAUAAUGUCCUUGUUUGUCUUUUUUUUGUAUAUUAUCUGGAGAUUGGGGAGAAGUGGAAAAAGUUGGGCCUUUUUUGAUAAUGUACAUUUAACUGACUGCUAACUUUGAGAAGUAAAAACAAGUAGCCAUGAUUAUCACA